GCGGCGCGGCAUGGCGGCGGCGGCGGCUGCGGGCUGUGUGGCGGCCGUGCUGCGGGACGCGGGCGCGCUGCGCUUCGGGGAGUUCGUGCUGAAGAGCGGCCGGUCCUCUCCCGUCUACAUCGACCUGCGCGGCCUCGUCUCAUACCCGCUGCUGCUCCGACAGGUGGCGGAUCUUCUCUUUCAAACGGCCCAAGAGGCUGGUGUGGAGUACGAGUGCGUGUGCGGCGUCCCUUACACCGCUCUGCCCCUGGCCACCAUCAUCUGCGUCCAGCACCAGGUCCCAAUGCUCAUACGGAGGAAGGAGGCAAAAGACUACGGUACUAAGCGGCUGGUAGAAGGCAGCGUUAAUCCAGGAGAAACGUGCUUGAUCAUUGAGGAUGUGGUAACAAGUGGUUCUAGUGUACUGGAAACUGCAGAAGUUCUUCAGAAAGAAGGAUUAAAAGUCACAGAUGCCAUAGUGCUGCUGGACAGGGAGCAGGGCGGGAAGGCCAGGCUAGAGGAGCGUGGAAUUCGCCUGCACUCUGUGUGCACGUUGUCAGGGGUGUUGGAGGUUCUGCAGCAGCAGGGAGACGUUGCUGCUGAGAUGGUUGAAAAAGUGAAGAAGUUCAUUGAGGGGAACAUGUUUGAGCCAGUGUCUCAGAAUGGCUCUGCUCCCGUGAAGAGGUUGUGUAAAGAGCUGAGCUUUGGCACUCGUGCUGAGCUGCCGGGUGUACAUCCUGUUGCUGCCAAACUCCUCAGGCUCAUGGAAAGGAAGCAGACCAACUUGUGCCUUUCUGCUGAUGUCACCAGCUCCAAAGAGUUGCUGCAGUUAGCUGCCAUCCUGGGCCCCAGCAUUUGUAUCCUGAAGACUCACGUAGACAUCCUCAAUGAUUUCACGCAAGAGGUGGUGAAGGAGUUGAGAGCGCUCGCAGACCAACAUGAAUUCUUGAUUUUUGAAGACAGAAAGUUUGCAGACAUUGGAAACACGGUGAAACAUCAAUAUGAAGGUGGUGUGUUCAGAAUCUCAUCCUGGUCAGACAUGGUUAAUGCCCACGUGGUCCCAGGCUCUGGAGUUGUGAGGGGUCUGAAGGAAGUGGGCCUUCCUCUCCAGCGUGGCUGCCUCCUGGUUGCCCAGAUGAGUUCCCAAGGGUCGCUCGCAACGGGGGAAUACACAAAAGCUGCAGUACAGAUGGCUGAAGACAACUUGGAUUUUGUGUUUGGGUUCAUAUCUGGAUCUAGAGUUAGCAAUAAACCGGAAUUUCUUCACUUAACUCCAGGAGUGCAGCUGCAAAGUGGAGGUGAUAACCUUGGACAGAAGUACCUAACCCCCAAGGAAGUUGUUGGCCAAAAAGGUUCAGAUAUCAUUAUUGUAGGACGUGGCAUCUUGUCAGCUUCAGACCGUCUCCAAGAAGCAGAGAAGUACAGGAAGGCAGCUUGGGAGAGCUACGUGAGCAGACUUGGUGUUUGUGCAGAGGAUUGAAAGCAGGCCACUUUCCCUGACAAUAAGCAAACCUGAUGGAGCUGCAGUCAUUGUGAGCCUUCCACUUAAAUACAGAGACACUUCAGCCAGUAGAAAACUGCCCUUUUGGCGAAGAAUCUGCUACUAACUUUAUUAUUUGUGGUUUCACACACAUAAAUCAAGUUGUACAUGCAACUGGGGGGUUUUAAUAUUUGAAACCAAAACUUCAUGCCCAGUUUUUAGUCAUAACAACUUUGCUCUGAUGAAAAGUGUUGCCCAGAACACUCGGGGGGUAUUUUAUUGGCUGUUGUUGGUUUUGUUUCUUUUUCCCUACUCUCAAAUUCUUUCUGGCUGUGGAAGCAGUAUUUUACUGUUCUUACACAUCACCUGCAGACCUGACCUGCUGCCUUGCUCUCACAGGAUUGCUUGGCUCUGCUGCUUCCCAGGAGCAAGGGUGAGCCUUCAUCACACACUGUGGAACUGAAUAGUGUGUUGUUUAAUAAAUACUUUUUUACCACUGUUUUCCUUUUA